UUUAAUUUAUUCACCCUUUUUCGUCUCUAAUACACUAGAGUUCUCUUUUGCGUUGUUUUGUCGUUGAAUUCUAAGUUGAAGGCCGUUUACUCUCUCUUUCUCUCUGCAUUUUCGUUUUCAUCUUCCUCUCCCAAUCUCCGUCAAUUGAAUCUCGAAACCAAACCACUCUUCUUUCAAUCCACAUUGAGACCCACAUUAUCAACCACUAUACACACAAUGGACUCAGUGUUGGUGCCGCCAUGGCUUGAGCCAUUGCUGAAAACACCGUUUUUCAAUAUGUGCCGGAUUCACGCCGAUGCGGCCAGGAAUGAGUGUAACAUGUAUUGUUUAGACUGCAACAAUGGCGACGGCGCCUUCUGCUUUUAUUGCCGUUCUUCACGGCACAAAGAUCAUCCGGUCAUUCAGAUAAGAAGAUCAUCUUAUCACGAUGUAGUGAGGGUGUCAGAGAUUCAGAAAGUGUUGGACAUAAGUGGAGUACAAACAUAUGUGAUAAACAGUGCCAGAGUUUUGUUCUUGAAUGUGAGGCCUCAACCGAAAUCUGGGAAAGGAGUAGCUCACAUUUGUGAGAUUUGUGGAAGGAGUCUCUUGGAUUCAUUUAGGUUCUGUUCUUUGGGAUGUAAGCUUGAAAGAAUAAAGAAAAAUGGAGAUGCAAGCUUUGCCAUGGAGGGGGGUAAGAAUGAAGCAAUGAGAAUGGAGGGGGUAUCAAGUAGUAGAUCAGAAGAAGAAUUGCGUGAAGGCUCAACACAAGAUAUGUAUCCAGUCACGCCUCCUCCACCUCCUUUAAAUGCAAGAAGAAGAAAAGGUAUUCCUCAUAGGGCACCUUUUGGUUCUUCUUCAUUCUAAUGAAUCAAAAUUGGUACAUAUUCAAAUUUCAAUUUACAAUACAAACCCUAUUUGGUGGGAAAAAAAGAACCUAGUUAUUAUUAUUUUAUAAUUCUUUUUACAAUAAAGUUGAAAAAAAGAAUAGGAGCCUUUGGAGAAAGAAUGAUUAUUAAUUGGAAAAGAAUAGGAAAGGGUAUAUAAGAAAGCUCCUUCUUUUCCGGUUUGGGUCCCUAAAAAAACAAAUUGAAGAACCAAUAAUGCAUAUUUGUUUAAUUAUUAUUUUAAUAUAGUUGGGGGGUGUAUAUUUAAUUAUUAAGAAAUUAUAAAGUAAGUCUUUGUGGAGUCAGUUUUUUGAUUGCCCCACCACUCACAUGGGCCGUUUACAUAAAGUUAAUUACACCUUUUUAUAUUAUUAUUUUUUAAUAUUUUUUAUUUUUAUUUUUAUUAUAAUAUACGUGUGCAUGUAAAGUUAAUAAUGGGUACAAAUCAACUUUAUAUUUAUCCGAUUUAACAUUACCCAUUUUGGAGGUAUCAAUGAAUUGGCCACACUUUCUCUA